AUGAUUGAAACUUCUGUAAAUACAAAUUCGGUGCAUAUACCCAUGGUUCAGACUGGAUGUUUAAAAGCUGAAUUUGAUUCUACAUAUCCAAUUCAUCUAAAUGGAAUAAUUAGUCAAGAUGAAUUUCGAGAAUCAAUUCAUAGAAUUAAUCGUACAAUUGCUUCAAAUAGAAUUCUAAUAAUUCUUGGCAUUGGUUUUGGUUUGUUUUUAGUAGGUGGCAUGAUAUGCUUUAUUGUUGGUGGAGUAACAGCAGUCAAAUCUCAUAGAAAUGGAUUUCCUCCAUUAGUUGGUGUUGGAAUCGCCUUAAUCGCUUUGGGAAUGAUGAUUUUCACUAUUGGAUGUUGUAUCGUACAAUCACAAUAUACAAAACGAUUAAGACAAGCAAUUGCUGAAGAAUCAAUAAAAUAUUCUUCAAGAUCAACGACACCAUGUAGUUGGCGAUUAGAUACUUCGAUAACUUGGUUCGGAAGAUAUGGAUAUCACAACAACAGGAGAGUAGUUUAUCAUUUAGUGAUUGAUAUUGGUCGUUCCAUUACUCUAGCCAUGGAAAAUGCAGUGUAUUCUUCAAGUCAAAAGGCUUCUGAGUCAACACCGAUUUUUUCAAGACAAGAUAAUUAUGUUCCUCCACCAUAUUCGAAUCAGUCUUCAGGAUUUUGUUCUCAAUGUGGAACACCACGGCAAGAUCUUACAGCUAAAUUUUGUUCAUCUUGUGGAAAGUUAUUUCAUCAAUAUUAA